AUGAACUUCUUGCUCUUGCUAUUUCUGAUCUUCUUCGUACCCCUGCUGCUUUUUGCAGCAUGGCUCUUAGCUUCAUCCUGUCUGGGGAAUCGCUUUCGCGUAGGAGGCUUUUCGGUGCGACCGGGUAUGGACACAUAUGGCCAGAGCUAUCUCCGGACUAUGGCCAACUCAGGCCCAGCAAUGUCGGAGCAGAUUGAAAUGGAGGACAUGCUAGCCGAGCCAGGAACUCUCCGUCACUUUGACGAAGAAGAGGAUUGA